AUGGCUCAGCAUAACAAGGGCUUCAUUCGUCCUCUACCGGGAGUUGAGCUACCUGUGCACAAUCGUCCUGACGAAUGGAAAAUUGAGCAGGGUUUGUCUGGCGCCAAAUUGCCAAUCCUAGAUCAGAGUGGGCCUGAGCCACGGAACAUUGAACCUCAAGCCUGGCCGGAGAUUGUUAAAGAUGAAGCCGCUAUCAACGCAGUUGGAAAAUCUGAGGAGCUAUUCCAGAUGGAACUGGAAGGUUGGAAAGGCUAUGUCGAAUGGGAGAAGUACCCUGCGAAGAAGGCGAAGGCCCACACAAUUCUGACCUCACAGACUUUCCCACCAAAUCCCGAGUUCCAGAUGGGUCCAAUUCCUGAGUCGAAUCCAGUCCUCCCAGGAACUCAUUGGAAGAUGUGGCAUCACGCACUUGGUGGUGAAUUGAUGAGUGUUCCUGAGGAUUCCUGGAAUACUGUGCUUCGCGAAAAGCAUCCCGAGAUGCUACAUCUUCUACAGUUUCCAUAUAAUGGGGAGCCCCCUAAGCGACUGGUGACUGACAAAGUCAUUACUCCGAAUCCCCUUCAUUUUGUUCGGAAUCAUGGUGGCAUCCCUCUCAUUGACAAAGACAAGUGGGGCAUGGUGUUAGACGGACUUGUUGCCAAUCCAAGAUCCUUUACUUUAGACGAUCUCAUGGACAAGACCAAAUAUCCCCGGAUCAAGAAGCUCGUUACCAUGCAAUGCUCAGGGACACGCCGUAUCGAACAGAUCUCUCUCUAUGCCGGCCAAGGAGACGAGGUACCUCAAGCUCCCUGGGCGGAAGGUGCAAUAGGAACGGCGGAAUAUGUGGGCAUCAGUCUCAAGAAGGUUAUCAAAGAAUGCGGAGGUCUUACAAACGGUGCUAAACAUCUCGAGUUCUACGGAGCGGAUACUUACUUCAAGGACAAUGAGGCCAUGAACUAUCUGGUCAGUGUCCCAUGGUCCAAGGUGAAGGCAAAUGAGGUUCUCCUUGCCUGGGAAAUGAAUGGAGAGCCAUUGCCAGCCAUUCACGGCUUUCCUUUGCGUGUGGUAGUCCUUGGUUAUAUUGGCGCCCGCAGUGUAAAGUGGCUCUACCGGAUUAAGGCGAUCGAAAACCCGACUCUCGCGCCGGUUCAGAGUAAAGAAUAUCUAUACUUCAAUCAGCAAAUCGGGAAAUAUAAUCAGAAGCCCACUGACGGUAUCCAGAUUCAAGAAAUGCCAGUGAGCUCGGCGAUCAUGUCACCAUGGACGAAACAAGUCGUCAUUCACAAUGGAACUAUUCAUUGUAAAGGCUGGGCUUACUCAGGAGGAGGAAGAUGGCCGGAGCGUAUAGAACUGUCGGCUGAUGGCGGCUUUAGUUGGUAUGCUGUUCCAAAUUCGAGUAUAUCUCAGAAGCAUAAGUGGACAUGGCGAACAUGGCAAUUUGAUCUCCCAUGUGAUGUGGAGGGCUGGAUCGAAAUUGUUUGUCGAUGCUGGGACAAUUCACUGAAUACGCAACCUCUUACAGUCCGAGCAGCUUGGAAUUGGGGCCUUCAUGUGACGAGUUCGGCCCACCGUAUCUCUGUCUACAGUGUCAAUAAGAGCAGGGAGCGGACUCGUGAGAAGCUUCAGCAAUUUGUGGACAAGAAGUCACCUAUUGCUCCCCUUACCUGGCCAGAGGAAUUUCCAACACAGAGCUGGGAUGACUACAAGCAGUUCUGGAAGGAGAAUGACCCGAGAGACGUGGAUGAUUGA